AGUAAACCGAAGACUACGGAAGCGCUCGGUAUAAACACUCAAACAGAAAAAAUGCUAAUCGCCCAUUUGGUUGCAUAAAAUAAACACGCAACUUGUGUGGUGAAUCGGUAAACUUAGUUACGCUAAAACUGCAACGACUAAAGAGUGUGAAAAUGUUUGCAAGGACCACAGCAGAGUACGUGGAGGAAGAGGACCAUAGUCGUAGACGACUGGAAGAUCUUUUGCUGCAGCCAUAUGUUGUGUUACGCAGAAUUGACAUUAGUGAAGCUAUUCGUCCUAAGAAGCAGGAGCCAGAGCGGCCUUGUAUUAAAGAGGAAGAGCCAGCGCGGCCUUGUAUUAAAGUGGAAGAUGUGGCCAAAGAGGUCCACCACUUGAAUGAACAAAUGGUGCAGACGUUUCUUUGCACCGUCAAAGAGGAGGAAGAGCCAGAGCGGGCUUGUAUUAAAGAGGAAGAUGUGGGCAAAGCGGUCCACCACUUGAAUGAACAAAUGGUGCAGACGUUUCUUUGCACCAUAAAAGAGGACGAAGAGCCGGAGCGGCCUUGUAUUAAAGAGGAGGGAGAAGACUCCUAUGACAUUAAAGAGGAGGAGGAUACUUUCAAUAUGCCAUCAACCGGAGUUCCUGUGAACAGUUUAGAUGAGGGUCAACAGGAGAUAAGCAAAAGGGCGGAGCCGCCAAGCUGCAGCUCAAGUCAACAAAUGACCAGAGAAUGUGAUGGAGACCACUGUGGAGGAUCACAAGCCGCUCCACCAUCAGAUAGCGAUGACAUGACGAAAAACUAUUCCUGCUCAGAUUGUGGCCAAAGAUUUGCUCAAAGGGGAAGUUUAAAAAUGCACACAAGAACCCACACUGGAGAGAAACCUUUUUCAUGCUCGGUUUGUGGCCAAAAAUUUACUCGAAGUGGAAGUUUAAAAUGGCACACAAGAAUCCACACUGGUGAGAAACCUUUUUCAUGCUCAGUUUGUGGCCAAAACUUCAGUCAGAAGGGAACUCUAACAAUUCAUACAAGAAUCCACACUGGCGAGAAACCUUUUUCAUGCUCAGUUUGUGGCCAAAAAUUCUCUUGUGGGGGUCGUUUAAAAAGGCACAUGAGAAUUCACACUGGAGAGAAACCUUUUUCAUGCUCAGAUUGUGGCCAGCGAUUCCGUUAUAGGGCAGGCUUAAAAUAUCAUACAAGAAUCCACACUGGUGAGAAACCUUUCCCAUGCUCAGUUUGUGGUAAAAAAUUUGGUCAUAAGGAAGAUUUAACCAAGCACACAAGAAUGACCAGAGAAGGUGAUGGAGACCACUGUGGAGGAUCACAAGCCGCUCCACCAUCAGAUAGUGAUGACGUGACGAAAAACUAUUCCUGCUCAGAUUGUGGCCAAAAUUUCUCCCGGGGGGAACAUUUAAAAUGGCACACAAGAACACACACUGGAGAGAAACCUUUUUCAUGCUCGGUUUGUGGCCAAAAAUUUGCUUCAAGUGGAAGUUUAAAAUGGCACACAAGAAUCCACACUGGUGAGAAACCUUUUUCAUGCUCAGUUUGUGGCCAAAAAUUCAGUCAGAAGGGAACUCUAACAAUUCAUACAAGAAUCCACACUGGCGAGAAACCUUUUUCAUGCUCAGUUUGUGGCCAAAGAUUCUCUUGUGGGACUCAUUUAAAAAGGCACAUGAGAAUUCACACUGGAGAGAAACCUUUUUCAUGCUCAGAUUGUGGCCGUAAAUUCUCCCUGGGCACGAAUUUAAAAAGGCACACAAGAAUCCACACUGGUGAGAAACCUUUCCCAUGCUCAGUUUGUGGUAAAAAAUUUGGUCAUAAGGAAGAUUUAACCAAGCACACAAGAAUGACCAGAGAAGGUGAUGGAGACCACUGUGGAGUAUCACAAGCAGCUCCACCAUCAGAUAGUGAUGACGUGAUGAAAAACUAUUCUUGCUCAGAUUGUGGCCAAAAUUUCUCUCAGGGGGAACAUUUAAAAAGGCACACGAGAACCCACACUGGAGAGAAAUCUUUUUCAUGCUCGGUUUGUGGCCAAAAAUUUACUCGAAGUGGAAGUUUAAAAACGCACACGAGAAUCCACACUGGUGAGAAACCUUUUUCAUGUUCAGAUUGUGGCCAAAAAUUCAGUCACAAGGGAACCUUAAAACAUCACACAAGAACCCACACUGGCGAGAAACCUUUUUCAUGCUCAGUUUGUGGCAAAAGAUUUGCAGCGAAGCAAAGCUUAGAAAGGCAUAUAAGAAUCCACACUGGCGAGAACCCUGUCGCCUGCUCAGCCAAAGAGAAUUCCAAGUAUGUUGGGGAGAUGCGCAAUGAUUUGUGAAGUUUUCACCUUCUAUUUGAGCAGACUUCAUAAGUUUUUGCACGAAUGGCAAUUCUAUGUAUCUUUUGAUUGGGAUGCUAAACUCCUUUCCUUCACCACAGUGAGACGUUCAUAUUUUAGUUGUAAUAAAUUGGAGAAUAUACUAAUUAACCAGCCUCUGGAUGAUAAUAGUUUUGUAUUUUUCAUUAUACUUGAUGUUUAUUUUGUUUAUAGUUGUGAAUUUUAACUGUAAUUAUUUCAAAUUCAUAUUCAGGGCAAGUUGCUUAGUUUCUAUUCGUGUUUAGGGGUUUGUUUUGUUCAGAUUUUCAUUUUCAUGUCAAGGUUUUUGCCCCCAUAUUUGUUUUGCAGUGAAACUAGAUGAAGCGAUUUGUGUAAAAAUGCUGAAUGACGAAAUGUGGAAUGUUUUGGAUCAUGAAAUAAAAUGAGUGAAUUACA